UAUGUAAUCAUAAAUUAGUUUUCGAUCUCAGACUGAUCAGUGAUCAUGCACUUAGUUGAUGUGAGUCUUGUGGAACUUUAUUUAUCCUAAUUUCUGCCAAUCUGAGUUGUUUGUAGCAUAUUUCAACGGGAUAGGUAGUCCGGAAAAAUGCAGAAACGUAAUAUACUUAGAUGGCUACUAUUAUUUCUACUUCUCUGUAACACGUUCGUCACAUUGAAUAUUAAUAUCGCAAUCGUGUCCAUGGUGAAUACUCAAAAUGUUGAAAUCACAUUCAAUAAAUCGCAAACUAUAUGUCCAAAUGCUAGUUUCUUCUCAAGAAAUCAUUUGGAGAACGACGAUAUUGAAAAAUCAUUGGCAAAUUCAAUUCAAAAAGAUGGAUACGACUGGUCAGAAGCUGAACAGAAUUUAGUACUUUCGGGGUAUCAUUGGUUGAAUUAUGUUUCAAUUAUGCUCGGUGGUAUUCUAGCUCAUAAAUAUGGAUCGAAGAAAGUCGUUGGUUUUGCUCAAGUGAUUUCAUCCGCAAUGUCAUCUCUGAUUCCGACUAUAGCCGGAUAUGGACCCCUGGAAGUAGCCUGGCUAAGAGCCAUACAAGGAGUUUUGUCGUUUAUGUCUGUACCAGCUGGAUUGUUUUCAAUCGUGGGAAAUUGGAGUCCACCCGAUGAACGAGCCAGAUUUGGAGCCAGUCUUGCACUUGGUUCAUAUUUGGGUUUAACGCUGGGCAGCUUCUUAUUUGGGUUCAUUGGGCAAUAUUUACACUGGACGUGCAUUUUUCACUUGACCAGUCUGCUUGGAAUUAUUUGGGGUUUAUUUUGGUAUUUCCUGGUCAGUGAUACACCAGCUUCUCAUUCCUCAAUUACAAUUGAAGAAAAAAUAUAUAUUGAAAGUAGCCUGAAAGAGGUUACUGCACGGACAAAGGUAGAUAUUCCUUGGAAAGGUAUCAUUUCUAGUGUACCACUGAUGGCGACCAUAUUUGCAGUGAAUUCAAUCACAUGGACAUGGGUAGCAAUGACCACGUAUUCUCCUACAUAUCUCAAAAUAUUUUAUGGACUGCAUUCAAAUGAAAUCGGAAUCAUCACAAGUACGCCAUAUUUUGUAGUUAUGGUACUGAUUGUUGGAAUUGCCUACUGGAGUGAUUUGGUUCUCAGGAAAAAUCGGCUUAGUAUUACAGCUGUAAGAAAAAUUUGUACAUUUCUAGGUAGUAUAGUUUCUGCAAUCCCAUUGAUAAUUAUUGCUUUUACGAAAUGUGAUCUGAUUUUGACCGUGUGCUGUAUGAUGAUCAACUGUAUUAUGAGAGCGUUUACCAUGUUUGGACCAUUAUUAGUUGUCAUGGAUCUCAGUCCUAAAUUUUGUGGAAUUUUAGAAGGAAUUACAGGGACUUCAUCCUCCAUAUUGACAUUCGCAUUUGCCACGAUGGUUAAUCAUUUUACCAAAGUCUACGAGCAUGAUAAUGAGUGGUUGUGGAAGAUGAUAUUCUUGUCAACAGCAUUAUAUGGUAUUUUUGCCAAUGGAGUUUUCAUGAUCUUUGGCUCUGCCGAAGUACAACCUUGGAAUUUUCAAGAUGAUUUUGAACUAUGCUCCAAAGACAUGAAUAAUGAAGCCAAUGACUCUGUUAAGACCAGUUUUGAGAUGAAGAAUGGUGAAGAUAAAGAAAUCAGGUGACAUAAGUUAAAGAUUGUCAUUGAGAUGAAGAGUGGUGAAAAUAAAGAAAUCAGGUGACAUAAGUUAAAGAUUGUCAGAAAUGUUUUUUUUUUAAUUUUAAUUGGUCUCAUUUGUGAUUCAAAUCGAAUAAAUACCUGUUGAAUUUCUUCUUA